GAUGGCCACUCAACCGUUUUCGGCUUUACGCGGACCUCGUUGUUUGCCAUUGUUUGGUAAUGUGCUUGACUAUUCUCGUUUUGGUCCGUAUACGUUUGAUCGCAUGCAUUUAGCGAAAGAAAAAAAUUAUAUCAAAUACGGAGAUAUUUAUAAAGAAAAAUUUGGUCCAGUUGUCGUUGUGCAGCUUUUCAACCCCGAUGAUAUAUCUUCAGUAUUAAAAAACGAAGGAAAAUUACCAAUUCGCCCACCUUUGCCAUUGUUAAAAGCAGCUAAUCGAAGAGAUGGUAUAGCUCUUGGUUUGGGAUCUCUAAAUGGAGAAGAUUGGUGGAAAUUAAGGAAAACGGUGCAAAAACCAUUAAUGCAUCAUCGUGCGGGAGCUGCUUAUCUACCGGCUCAGGAGAAAGUAGCCGAUGAGUUUAUGAACGUUUUAGAUACGAUAAAGGAUCUUAAUGGAUCGGUCGCAAAUUUUGAAGAGUUAAUUUUACGCUAUACCAUGGAAUCUAUAGGAACUGUUUGUUUUAAUAAAAGAAUAGGAGUUCUUGACGAAAACAAGAAAGAAUCAAGAGAAUUAUUUGAUUCUAUUAAAAAACAGUUUGCCGCUGUUCAAAGAACAUAUUUCGCCUUUCCUUGGUUUGAACUAUAUAGGAGUGAGGCAUAUAGAGAGUUUCUUGCAGCCAAAACAUUUUCAGAUAAAUUUGCAAAGGAUUGUAUUAUCUCCAGCCGUCGAGAACUUACGGUAGACGAUACUUCUCCAAAUCUAUUGAAAAGUUUGAUUGAUGAUACCUCAAUUAGCGAGCGUGAGGCUGUGGGAAUUAUUACGGAUUUGUUCAUAGCGGGUAUUGAUUCAACUGCAAGCGCUCUAUCAUUUCUUCUCUAUAAUUUAGCCAAUAACUUGAGAGAGCAAAGUAGGCUAUUCGAAGAAAUAAUUGAUGUUGUGGGAACUGGUAAAAUAACAGCUGACUCAUUCGACAAGAUGCCUUACCUAAAAGCUUGCGUGAAAGAAAGUUUUCGUUUGUUCUUUCCAGUUCAAGGUGGAACUACAAGAGUUUUAGAUAAGGACCUAGUACUUGGUGGUUAUGCUAUACCAAAGAAGUCCUUCGUAGCAUUUAAUAACCAAACGAUGUGUCUCUCCAGAGAUUAUUUCUCCUGUCCCCAUAAGUAUAUUCCUGAGAGAUGGUUGAAAAGAGGUUCGGCCAGUACGUCACCACCACAUCCUUACGUUAUGUUGCCAUUUGGAUUCGGCGCAAGGAUGUGCAUAGGAAGAAGAUUUGCUGAACAAGAAAUCUAUCUCGCUAUAGCUAAACUCCUUCAAAAGUUUGAAAUUCAGGAGAAUUCAUCAAAGCCAAUGGGCAUCAUUAAUCGUGUUUUCAACACACCAGAUCGUCCCUUAUUAAUUAAGCUAUAUAAAAGAUCCUUCUGA